AUGGCUCAUUCUCACCAGCUUUGGGAAACGUUCCUGGAGUGGGAGACGAAUGCCUUACAGAACAGUCCCGACAGGUACAGCCUGAUACUGUCGGAUUGGAUGAAGGCCCUCAACGACGAGUGGCGAAGAAAGCUGAAUCAUGACCAGCUUAUGCGUGCCUUGGCCAAAGUCCAGCAAUCAACAAGGAUCGUGCAAACUUACCAAAAGAAGAUCAAACACCGAGACCGCGACAUCGCCAAGCACGAAUCCAGCUCGAUGGGAGCUCAGAUCCAUUGUCGAGGUGCGCUGGAGCAUUGCAUCAAGAAGAGUUUGGGAGCCCGAAGGAUGCAUGCAGAAAAUCUCAUCAGUUACCAGCGCGAGCAAAACCAACUGGACAGAGGUGGCUUUCCAGCAGCUAAUAACAACUGUAUGGCAUACACAACGAAGUUGAUUCAAGACAACGCGUUGGCUAUUGAGCAGGCUGAGACGCGGUUGGCAGAGUGCCGGACGUGGCUUCAGCAGGCCGGAUUGUCCGUUCAUGUGAAGUACGGUGGGCGUGCAAAAGAGCAUCCGGUUAUGCAUCCCCAGCAAGCGCAGAGAAGUGCAUAUGAAGCCCAGGGAGUCGCGCAGCAGCCUCGCGUGCUGAAUGUCGACGACGCUGGUCAGCAGCUCCAUGGUCAACUUCAGCAAGGGCAGAACGACAGACAGGGAAGCCAGCAUUCUGCCAACGACGCUCGCAAUCGCGACGACGAUGACGGACCCGCAAGGCAGCAACCCGCCAAUAAUGCUCGCGACGGCGACGCUAAUGACGAUGAUGAUGACUAUGGCAAUAGAAGUGGCAGCAGUGGCAAUGGCAAUGGCAAUGGCAAUGGAGCAGGAGCAGGAGCAGGAGCAGGCGCAGGCGCAGGUGCACCCGGUGGCGGCAGGGACUCGUCCCGUAAGGACGGCGGCCGGCCGGACGAUGAAGAAGACGACGAGGAAGACGACGAUGAGAAGCAGAACGAGGUGCCAGAUGAGGGUGAAAACGAACUUGCCGCAAAUGGCGAGCCGCAGGAGCAAGUAGCACAAUCACCCUUAGAGCCACCCGGGGGGUCGGACGACGAUGACCAGCAUCAGAACUUCGAAGAAGGGUUCCCUGAUCUUUCCGACGAACAAGUCGUCAAUCCAUCAGCAGAUCCACAUUUCGAAGAGGUGUCUCCCGCGAUUGCUGAAGAACAAGUUCUCACACCAGCAAGGAAUCCAGGACGCCGCCAUCGCAGUUCUUUCCUCCCCAAUGAUCCGGCACCGGGUCCACCAUCUCGAAACUCAAGGCACACUCAGCAAGCAGGAGCCGAGGCGGCCGAGAACGGUGAACGUAGGAGAGAUGUACCUUCUCGUGCGAGUUCUAGCGCAGCGCUUGCUGCCCUCCGGCAGGGCUCUAAUCCUGUGCAGCACGCGGGCGCCUCUCGCAAUGUCGACCAAAGCAUACGACAGCCCGGGGACAGCAGGACGGAUAGGCUCACCAAGAGAGAUCUCGCUGCACACAAAGCUUCUUCCCCGAUUGAUGGGCCAAACAACCCUUCUGGAAGAAGCAAUCUUUCUGCGAUUGAGCACGCUGGCAGCGCUAAUGCCAGCAAAGUUUCGAGUCUACAGGACUACUUCAGCCAGCUCAAUCACGGUUUAUCAUCCAGAAAGAAGAGAGGCGGGAGCAGUGACGAUGAACAAGACGGUGGUGCAGGACACAAACCUUCGAAGAGGCUACGCACUGGGCCAGCGAGUGGCAAUGCUCACAAUCAACCACCAUCUCUCCCACGGGGUUCGGCCAGUGUCGCAGCUGGAGAUGGCGGUGGGAGCCCACGCAAUACGACCGUACAGAUCAAAAAGAUGCCUCCCAGCGCCCGGCAGUAUGCAAUCAAAGCGCUCAGCGACGAAAACGGACUCCCGGGGGUCGACGCUAAAGUCAUACUGAAAAAGGUCAAGGAGUUGUGUGAAGCGUACUCGGAAGAAAGAGAUUGGACAAAACUGCCACCCAUCACCGAAUACUUGACCGCCGACGGGUCGACCAGGGCUGGCGCAGCAUCGGAUGCACUUUCCAGACGUCUGUGGCAGCAGCGGUGGUUGAAGUUUUGCCACCAAACGGUUCGCUAUCAUCCGAGAUAUUCAGGGCUGACCCCGAGUUUCCAUAAGCUGUUCAAACGCCUAGACAAGAUCGGGAAGCAUUUGGAGCCCCCGGACCUGGCGGGCGAUCUAGACCCAGAGGCAUUGCUCGAAACUUUUCGGUUACAGGUAGUCAAGCUUGAAUACCCCAUCGUUGAGAAAGCUUGGGAAGCGUACGUGGCAGGACUUGAAGAUGAGGCAGACCGGGCAUCGAUAGAAAGAUCAUAUCGCGAGGUACUCCAAGGUGCUAUCGAAAGUCUGGGUGAUCCUGAGUGGCCGCCUUCGGAGCAGCCUGGACACAGUCGCGUGGCAGCUCGGCAAGACGAGCCCGAGCAAGGUCAGCAAAUCUCUGGGCAGCAGUCUCCCGGCAAGCUGAUGCUUCAUCAAGAUCGCUGGCAUGCAUUCGAGAGGCGCCUCACUGGAGAAGGUAACAGGCAUGACGCACGUCGGUUUGUCAGGUUAGGAGACUGUCUCCUAAAGAGUGGAGUGUUCAGGGACCCGCCCACGUUGCCAUUCGAUCAAGAUUCGGAUGAGCUGUUCGAGUCGUUCAGAAGCGAAGUGGUCAAAGUCGUGAGACCGCACGCUGAAAAAGCCUGGCGUGAUCGCAUCGAAACGGUUCGCGAACAGGAGGGAGGCGCUCGUGCUACGCUGUGGGAACAGGAAUGGCAGAACGCACGACAACGAGAGGUGGAUAGUAUCCCAGAAUGGCCACCCAGGCAGCUACAACUGGACUCAAAUCUGCCACGCUAUCCUGUGAGUAGUCACAUGUCCGAGGCGUGGGAGUUUGCGGACGAUUUGGGCUUCGACGGUGAAAAGGCGAAUGUAACAGGCCGAUGGAUGUUCAUGGAAUCUCUGGGUGCUGGGGGCUUCGGGCAUGCAGGCCUCUGGGUGAGAUUCGACCAAGCUGGGAAGAUCAUUGGAAGAAAGGUCGUGAAGGAGUCGUACUCGACUCCAGACCCUUGGAAAGAGCCUGUAUUCUGGAGCGAUCCACUUACGAAGGAGAUACCGCGUGAUGUGGCGAUUCAUCAGAAGCUAUGCACUGCGCCCAGCGCCCACAACAUUGUCAGACUGGACAGUUGGGGCAUGUACGCAAGGCAAUACAUGUACAGGCUGUACAUGGAGUACUGCCCUCACGGUGACCUCCGCGAGUUGAUAGAAGAGCGCCUAGAUUUCAAAAACCGAGAAUGGCUUGACCAAGAAGGCCAGCCGACUACUUAUUGGUUACCGGAGGAAAUGCUGUGGUGUGUCUUUGAGGCAUUGGCGAGCGCUCUCUGCCUUCUCCGAGACCAGCAGUUGCCGGGAUCGCAAGAGGCGGCUGUCGAUCCACAAGUCAUCUUUCAUCGAGAUCUCAAGCCGGAUAAUGUGUUCCUGGGGACGAGAGAUGGCGAUCUCUGGAAAGGCAUGCCUGUGCCAAAGCUGGGAGAUUUCGGCAUCGCCAUCGAAGAAAAGGCGCCAGGUGUUCCAGAUCCGAGAUGGAACUCUCGUGGAAUGGGUACAACCUGUUGGCAGGCCCCUGAAGCCACAAAAGUCCCGUACGGAGUCGAAUCGCAACUGUCUCCAUUUUCCUCGGCGUCAGACGUUUUCGUUGUGGGCCUCAUCAUGGUAUCGCUUACAGCUCUUAAUCGACACCUACCACCGGCAAGAAUGAGUGCAGACGAGAAUACAUAUCCAACCCCCGCGAAUCCGAAGCACGGAGGGCGCAGAAUGUACUCGGAAAAUCUUGUUGAGGCGAUACGAAUGUGUCUGCCCAAAGCUCCCGAAGACCGAAUCGUAGCUGAUGCAUUGUAUACACUGGUUAAGGCCGAAGUGACGAGGCGGGAUCCUGAGGAGGGAAGCGUCCCAAUGAAUAUGGUGGAGCCCAAAGACAGAGGUGUUGUCAGGUUUGUGCCAGACAAAUAUACGCUGUGGGCAGAUUGA